GAAGAAUUGAUGUACACUUCCUUUGGCAAUACUAUGAAGUCUAAAACACAAAGUGGUUGGGAACAUAGCAGAAGAAUGCUGCAUUGCCAAGUUCAUUGCAAUCACGACCAAUUUUUGGGUUUACCAGCCUACACCGAUCUCUCAGCAUACAGUCAUGUGUGAGCACAACUCUUUGCAACUCUUUGCUGAUAUCUCAAGGAGGUUCAACACUUCCAAUAAUCUGCAAGCUAGUGUCUAACUCUAUCAACGAUUGCACGAUUUCUAUCCACUCAGAGAGAUCCAGAGUCUUGUUCUGGCAGAGAAGGCACAGAUAAUGGCUCAACAAGUCCCGUCCCGCCCGCUGUCCACUAUUGAAUUGUCGUUGCUCGGAUCAUGCCCGUACUUGUGAUUUGUCGUCUUGAAGAAAAAUCGCAGUGCAGCAUUCCACGCAACACGAACACUGUCCCCAAUCCUAUCGCAGUCCGGUGCCGGUUUGGUUCAAUACGACAUCUGCAAUCGAAACUCCUUGAUAGAUCAUACAUCAAUGCCAUAUUUACAUCAGUCGGCCCGUUCUUCUACAAUUUCUUGAAAAUAUAGUGCCAUCACACCGUCUUCAGCUUUGCUUCACUCUCUACAUCCAUAUCCCCACACUACAAAAUUUCGACCA